GCCCUUACCGAGAAUAUGUUUGUUCAGAGUACUGGACGACCAUCAGGAGGCAACAAUAACAUGUAUAGUGGUGGCAUGCGGAUGAGUGGUGUCGACUCUCGAACGACAUAUGCGCCACCACCUAGGGACGAUACACCGCUACAGGAUGGAACGCCGCUAAGCUCGGUAAUUAGGGAUUUCUCCUCGUAUUUUCGUCCUUUUCUUACAAACCUUUACAUACGCGGCCUGAGCCCAAGCACAACAGAUGAGGAUCUUCGAAAAAUGUGUGCUCAGUACGGAACGAUCACGUCUACAAAGGCAAUUAUGGAUAAAGCCCUAAAUCAAUGCAAAGGGUAUGGUUUCGUCGACUUCGAAAGCCGCGAAGCCGCUUCACGAGCAGUUGAAAUGUUAACUAAGAGUGGAAUUCAAGCGCAGAUGGCGAAGCUUCAGCAGCAAGAACAAGAUCCUACCAACCUUUACAUUGCAAAUCUACCGUCAAAUUUCAACGAGCAAAUGCUCGAGAGUGCGCUCAGUCCGUAUGGUAUGGUUAUAUCGACCAGGAUUCUACGAAAUGCUGACGGAAACUCUCGUGGUGUGGGAUUUGCCAGAAUGGACUCGAAGGAAAAGUGUGAAGAAAUCAUUGCCGCUUUGAAUGGCAAACUGAUCGAAGGUAUGGAUCCAAAUGCAACGCCAUUACUAGUAAAGCAAGCUGAUACUGGUAGAAAGAACACUCGUAAGAGGAGCGAUAUGGGAUUCGAACUGGGAAUGUACCCAAGCCAGGUAAGUUGA